AUGGAAAUGAAACCCUGCAGGGACUAUGCAGAAUCUAGAGCUGAACUGUUAUCCUUUUCUCAGCUACAGUUCACUGGAUCCAGGACAGAGACUGAAAACCUCCUUUUUGACUGUUCUUAUUUUAAAGCUAAAGUAGAGACAACUAUCAGCCAUGAAGCUCAGGCCAUCCUCUCAGAACCACCAGAAAACCGAACCUCAGAAGGCAUCAAGCUGGCCAUGCUGUCUUUGCAGGCAACGGUCAGCACUUUCUCUGAAUACCCAGUCCACAUCCAGGAAAAACUGGCUCAGAUGGGUUGGUAUGAAUGUUUCGGGCCUGGAAGAGUGGUCAUCAGGCAAGGCCAUAUCCCACAGAAUUUCUAUUUGAUUCUCUCAGGCACAGCUGUGGUCACCAAGGUGGCUGUCAACAAACAGACAGGAGAGCUUUACGCCAAGACGGCUGCCUUUCUGAAGAAAGGGAAAUACUUUGGGGAUGUUGCCAUCUUGACGGGCGCUAGGAGAAACGCCACAGUUGUCUGUCAUGAUACUGUUUCUCUGUUGGCUGUUUCUAGACAGAUUGGCACUACAUUAGCCUUCAUGGUAGUAAAAGAGAAAAACUGGCUCUUAAUUUUUUUGUUUGAUGAGCCAUGGCAUCAAGGCAUUCGGGACCGGAUUCUGAUCUCAGCUAAACUGGUCUAA